AAUUCUCACUUCAUAUUUCAUAUAAUAUUCACAUCUCUCUCAAUCUCACUUACAAAAAUGGAACACAACAACAUUCCAGUUUUUGCAAAGAAAGUAUGGAGGCUGGUACGUGUGUUGUACUUCAUGUUACGCAAAAACAUAUCCAAGAGUAAGUUGUUGUUGGAUCUCAACAGGAUGAUGAAGCGUCACAAGAUCGCCGGUAGAUCCAUGCAUAGCCUCUCACCGCCGCCCGGUGAGUAUGAGUUCAGUUGCAGCAACAGCCCAUCAACUAAUAACCACCACCACUUCUCUCUCUUUUCAUUCCAUAAGAAGCACCAUCAGGCAGACAAACACACGGAGGAUCUUGACAUGAUAGUUGUUAAUGCGGCUGUUUUGAAAGCCAUGGAGAUGAUUAAUCACAGCGAGGCUGCAUCGCCUGCGCUGCCAGGGUUUGGGAGGAGUCCGGUGGUUAGGCAAUUGAGGGUGACUGACUCUCCGUUUCCGUUGAGUAGCGUGGACGAGGAUAACCACGUGGAUGAGGCGGCCGAGCAGUUCAUAAGCCGGUUUUAUAACGACUUGCGGCGGGAGAAUACUCCACGAAUUAAUUCUCGAAAUUCAGCCGAGAAUUAAGUUCUCCAUUAAGCCAACAAGAGUCAUAUACACCCGGUUAAAUCUCACUUAUAGCAAAGCGAUAGAGGGUCUGACUAUCCAAAGAAGUGUGAUGCAGGCAAACGAUACCUCUGUCUCAAGGGACAGAGAAACUGUUUCCAUGAAAACCCUAUGCUCCAAACCAGAAAUUUGGAAAUUUAAGUAUACAUGUGUAACUGAUGAUAUAUGCAAGGGUGUUCCAAAAUACAAUCUGCUAUAUAUGAUUGAAUAAAUGAAUAUAGCAAGAGAAAGUGUUGGAGUUUAGCGUCUAUGUAACCAGUUUUCUGACAUGGAUCGGUCUGAUUAAUGUAUGUAGAAUUUAAUUCAAAUCUUUAUAAAAGGUUAUAAAUUUCGAUA